AUGCAGGACCGUGGAACGUCGGCCUAUGAAUUCACCACAAAUAUUCCGCUGAUCGUCGUCAAUCAAAUCGAAGAUGCCGCUGCUGUUGAUGAUUUUGCGCUCAGCAGGGAGCUCGUUACUUCUGGCUCCCGAAAAUUCACCUGCCCGAUCGGCAAGACGCAGGCUGUCGGCAGAGUUGUUCUCGGUUCCCGCUCACUCAUUGAAACGUCGACUGUCUCGGUCGAAUACACGGUCCGAGGAUGGCUCGUCCGACUCCAGUCAGCUGACCGAGUUGCAACGGCUUGCGUUGCCUGCAUUUUCUUCUUCAAACGAUUCACAAGAAGAUGGAGCUAUGACAAAGAUUCGGAGGCUGAGUUGGAGGUUGCACAGGAAGAAGAAGAGCAGUGGGAAUGG